AUCCACCGGCUGCCCAUGCCCAACCUCAAGGACGAGCUGCACUCCUCGGGGUGGAGCUCUGGCUGCAGCUGCUUUGACAAUGGCACCACGAGGAGGAACAAGCUGGUGCUGCCCGGUCUGAUUUCCUCCCGCAUCUACGUGGUGGAUGUGGGCACCCAGUGCCGGGCCCCCAAGCUGUGCAAGAUGAUCGAGCCGGUGGACGUGUUCUGGAAGUGCAACAAGGGCUACCUGUCCACGGUCCACAGCCUGCCCAACGGGGACGUGCUCAUUGCCAACAUGGGAGACCCCGCUGGCAACGGCAAAGGUGGCUUCGUGGUGCUGGACGGGGAGACCUUUGAGCUGAAGGGCAACUGGGAGAACGAGUGCGAAGCCCCCCCGACGGGCUGCGACUUCUGGUACCAACCCCGGCACAACGUGCUGGUCAGCUCUGCCGGGGUGGUGCCCAAACGGGCAGGACGGGGCUUCAACCCCGAUGACCUGAAGAAAGGGGUCUUCGGGCGCCGCCUGAACGUGUGGAACUUGUCGUGCCGCAGCCUCACCCAGUGCUUCGACCUGGGCGAGGACUCGCUGCCCCUGACCGUGAAAUUCCUGCACAACCCCGACGCCGCCGAGGGCUACGUGGCCUGUGCCCUCAGCGGGGUCAUCUACCGCUUCUACAAGUGCGAGAGAGACAACUGGGCCGUGGAGGAGGUGAUUCGCAUCCCGCCCAAGGACGUGUCGGGCUGGAUCAUGCCCAAGAUGCCAGCCUUCACCGCGGACCUCAUCAUCUCCCCGGACGACAGGUUCCUGUACCUCGCUAACUGGUUCCACGGGGACAUCCGGCAGUACGAGCUGUCCAAGGGCUGCAAGCCCCGCCUGGUGGGGCAGGUGUUUGUGGGAGGCAGCAUCCUCCGAGGGGGCCCCGUGACCGUGUGUAGGGACGAGGAGCUCAAGUGCCAGCCCGAGCCCCUGGUGAUCAAGUGCAAGCGGAUUUACGGCGGCCCCGCCAAGCUGCAGCUGAGCCUGGACGGGCGCAGGCUCUACGUCACCAACUCCUUCUACAGCACCUGGGACAAGCAGUUCUACCCCACCAUGGUCAGGGAGGGCUCGGUGAUGCUGCUGAUCGACGUGGACACGGAGAAGGGAGGCCUGACCGUCAACAAGAACUUCCUGGUGGAUUUCGGGAAGGAGCCCAACGGGCCCGCCCUGGCCCACGACAUUCACUUCCCCGGCGGCGACGCCACCACCAUCGAGAUCCUGCCCUAGGGCGGCCCGGGGCGGCUCCGCCCUUCCCUGCCCCUGGAGUGCAGCUGCUGGGAAAGGGCGGCGGGUGAUGGGCUUUGGGGUCCCCCUUCCUUGUUCCUUGCUCCAGUCCCGCUUCCCCCCCGGGCUGAGGGAGCUCGGCCCUUCAACCCCCCUGGCUUUGUGCGGGCAAACCAGUGCGUGGGCACCUUCCCAGUGCCCAUUCCCAGUGCCCAUUCCCAGUGCCAUUCCCAGCUGCCCAGGGCGGGACGGGCCCGGGUGGGAUCCAGGAGUGAUCCCAGGUGGGAUCCAGGAGUGAUCCUGGACAGGCUCCCGAGCUCCUGGGCAGAAAGUGAAGUGCCCAGUCUGACUGAGUUCCC